AUGUCUCCAGCAAAAGCUGCGCAACAACGUGUUCUGGCUAAAAGAGGCUCCAAAAUACCCCGGUCCAAAACGCCUCCACAGGGCUUGGGCUUGACAAUCCGCAAAAUUAUUGGAUUGGUCACGCGGCCCUUGGGCGGUGAUUACUUUUCCGAGCCGACACCGCUUCUGCUGGAUGUAGACUUCCAUGAGACAGGUGAACAGGAAGAAUCAGCAAAAGAGGAUGAACAAACGCCAAUACAGACGGAAGAAUACAUUGAUGACGAUGCUAUAGUUGAGAUAGAGGCACCAGAAACACCAGAUACGAGUGUCAUGCGCUUGCGGCGGUCGCUGCGGGUCAGUAAGCAGACCAGAGCGCAUCUGAGAGCUGAACGGCUCCAAAACAAGAAGAAUAGGCUGGAGGGCGGUACUGUGUCACCUGCGGUAGCCACUCCAAACUCAAGAAGGAGAACUUCAAAAAAUUCCGCGCAAAAUCGUAGUGCUUCUGUAAUUAAGAGAAAAUUUCAGACCUUUGAAGGAACGUCCACAAGCAGGGACCCCGAGACGCCUCUGAGGAGAGCUGCUGGCUCUAAUGCUGUUAAAAUAGGCUCUGGAAUAAAGCUUGCAGCCGAAGAAUUCGUUUCACUCUCUUCCGGUGAGGAUAUUGGGGCAUCUAGCCCACCACGGAGGCCUGGCUCCUUGAAGGACGUUUCACGAGAAACUUCAGAAAGGGUUAUCGAUGCACCAUCUACGAAUUCUAUGCCGCAAGAUGCCACACUGCAGUCAAUAGCUAGAACAUUAACUCCAAGAAGGACUCUGACAUCAACUCCCACGAAACAAUCUGACACGCCUGACAAUAAGGACAAGAAAAUUGUCCAGAAGAGAAGAGCCUACAAGAAAUACCUUAGAACGAACAAGCGACUUAGUAUUAACCCAUCCUCGCCUUCCGACACAGAGGAAAGCGAGCAUGAGAGGUCUCUGGCUGGAGGUUCGCCAAAGAAUAAGCCGCAGGUUGCCGAAUUGUUAGAGGAUGGAAGUAAAAUAUUUGAAUCAUAUAACACAAAGAUGAUGAAUGAGUUGAUGGGCCAACAAAGCUUUAUCGAAAACCUGGAAGUCAUUGAGGAACCAUCGGUAUCAUCGGAGUCGAAAAUUACUCAUCUGAAAUAUUCUGUUGAUGUUGAGACAGAUGAUCAUAAACCAGGAAUUCUACGGUCUAGUUUGCAAAACCAUGAGAAUGCUAACAUUGUCGAGAAUGAAUCUCAAGUGGCCAUAAAGCUGUCUGAACUGUCUUUGGAUAGACAGCCGCCCCCGAAUUCAGCGGAGUCAAAUUCAAACGAGUCUGUAUCUCCCGUUUUGGCAGAAACACAGUUUUUUUCCGCCCAGCCAGCUACUCUGCUCUUCGUUGAUUCAAAUGAGGAUGGUGUGAAUGUAGUUGACGACAUCGAAGAAUUGCAGCGUUCGAAAGAUACUUCGGACUCAAUUGAGUUCAAUAUCAGGAAUAUAAACGAAUCGCAAUUAUCAUCCGAAGCUUUGCCAAGUAAAUCCGAUUCGUUUUCAAUUUCUCAACCAAUAGACUCUUUGGCAGAGUCUGCGCCAUCGGCAUCUGCAAAACAUAUUAAUGAUCGUCAGCGCUUAAGCUCUGAUGUGAUUUCAAAUUUUAACGGUUCUUCUCUGCAAGGACCACGCAACACAAAGAAGCACCGACAUACAAACAUCGAUGACCCAAAACGUCGAUGUGAUGAGGAAACACGGCAAGCAGAACUUAUUGAUAAAUUGUUGCUUGCCGAAGAAAAAAAUCUUGCCUAUAGGCAAGAACUCAAGCUUGUGAAGGAGAAACUACAAUCGAUGGAAGAGAGACUUUCCGAAGCUGUGCUACGAGUCUCCAAGGAUCUGGUCGCUUAUGGAGUCGAUGAAUCUGAUACAGCUGUCCAAGAUGACGAAUACUUGCGAGAACCUUCUGCAAAACGUUCGAAACUCAAUAAGAAGCGUCAAAAAGGUUCAGAAAGAAAACUCAAUCGACAAAAGAGUAGGGACACCGCCCGAGGCGCUUCUACUGAUCGGCAAAUUGCAGAUGAUCAUACAACUGGCGAAACAGAGGAGGUUAGGGAUCAAGAGCAGGAAAUGAUUAAUGCAAUGGAACCUCUUGAGGACCUUGACGAUAUUAUAUUCUAUUCUGCACCGCAAACUCCAACCGGUGGUCUGUCACAGAAACCGUCUGCGUCGAAUUCAUCAAGAGCCGAGAGGCUCCGACAACGAAGAAAAGCCAAAACUGAAGUAGCGGCCGAUGGAAAAGCAUCAGGAUCCGAAUAUGAGCCUGAAUCUAAAGCAGAAGAAUCUGAAACUCAGCAAGAAAGAGAACCAAUUGUGCAACUGAAGUACAUCAUUCCACCUGCUUGCAGAGAAAUGGAUCAAGCUCUCCACGAUGCAAAGCCUAUACAUCCGUUGCAUCAGCUGCCUUGGAACUAUGUCAAUCGGGUUUUUGAACCGCCUUUACCCGCAUUAAACCAGUCAUCCAAAGACACGGCCACCGGGUCUCCCGUCCCUUCUAAGAGAAGAAAAAAGAAUGGCACAUCAAAAGCUAAAAGCUCGGCCAAAGUCACACUUCAGCGGGCGCAACAGGAAUCUGCUGUGAUUGAGGCCGAGAGGGAGGAGUCAUCCACAAUUGGGUCAGAACCACUCACACGGGCUCCAGAAAGAGAGCAAUCAUCUACAACUGGGUCAGAACCACUCAGACGAGCUUCAGAUAUCGAACAAUCCGCCAUGAACACCAAAAUUGUUCAAAACAAACAACGCAGCCUUGAUGAAUUUAUUAAUCGUACCAAUCAAACAACACAACAACCCUAUGAGCUCAGGCAUCAUGAAACGAGCACAGAUCAAGUGAUAGCAGUAUCCCGCCCGAAUGAAUUAGAACCGGGAGUUAAGGUCGAGCUUUCGCAGACGAGUUCUCGAAGAGGUACCAGACAAGUCGAAUCCGAUCUUCAUCAGACUGCGCCAAUAGUAUCCCUGAGUUGCGCGCCUAUCUUGAACCUUGUUAAGCCUCAUCUUGAUCCUUUAAUGGGUUCUGAAUCUGAUCCCGAGUCCUCAGAAGAGGAAGCAGAUCUGAAUUCAAACAAACCAGCGUCUCAAACUCGGUUAAAGCAACAAGAACCACAGAACACCCCAUCCCCAUCGCCUUCUCAGUAUGUCUUCAAACGCGAAGAGACUACUAGCCCAGUCUGCAGCCAAGAUUCUGCGAAUUCCAAUGUGCUAACCAAGGAGCCACUGGCGGGAACGUCAACAUUUCUCGAAACAUCCACACAAUUAUCCUCCACAAAUCCCGCCACAGAUCUACAUGAGAACGUUACAUCUACCGCUAGCUCCUCCAGACAAAACAUUACCAGUCUCUCGGAGUGGCCCUCAGAUAAUAUCCAACCCAACAAUUCCGCGUCAGAGAUUGUGAUCCCCAAUUCUUCCCAAUCCUCGCGGCACCCUCAGAAAUCCAUGAUAGAAACUGGCAUCCAGUCACAAGAAAUCAAUAGUUCAGCAGAAGAUCCACCUCCUCACGAUCGAAACUUCAGGCCGCCUGUGCAGAGGAAAAUUAAGAAAUAA